AUGGUGGACGGAUAUCAAGACACUCUGUUCGCGCACUCCCAUCGCCAGUUCUACCGAGAGUGCGAAAUAUACGAAACAGUGGACUUCAUGUUCGGAGACGCAGUUGUGGUCAUCCAAAACAACAACAUAUACCUUAAGAGAGGGGUCUCCAACACAAACAUCAUAACUGCGCAAGGUAAACAAACCCCUCAGUCGAUAUCAGGCAUAUCCAUACACAACUGUUUCAUCUUAGCUGCUGAGAAUCUUGAUAGCGUCGAGACAUUCUUGGGGCGGCCUUGGCAGAACUACUCCACCGUCGUGAUAAUGGAGAGCCAACUGGGAAGCUUCAUCGAUCCCCGGGGCUGGAGAGCUUGGGGAGGAAGCGAUCCUCGUCUAGGCGUUCCCGAUACUAUACUGUAUGUCGAGUAUAAUAAUGUCGGCCCGGGUUCUGUGACUACAAAAAGAGUUCACUGGGAAGGGCUCAAAGUUGAAGACACUCUGGAGUAUGCAAGAAGCUACACAGUUGGAUCCUUCCUUGGCGGAGGCGAUUGGCUUCCGUCAACAAGUGUUGCGUUCGAGGCAGAUUUAUACUCCUUUCAUCCCAAUAGUGAAGCGUAUUCCUUUUUGAGAUGUUUUGGCUUAGGCAUAACAUUUUCAUUUUUGGCAAUAAUUUAG